AGCUUGGUUUGUGCCAUGCGGACCCGCACACACACUCAAACACACAGACACACACAGCCACUCACACACACACACACCACGCUGGCCAGCCAUAGGCUGGUGAAGACUCCCACCAUAAAAGCUGAGCAAUAGAGAAACACGGAGAGAAGAGCUCAAGAUGGAUAUUAAAGAAGAGAUGAAGGAAGAAGAUGCCGCUGCCGUGUGAGACGGCUGAGAGACACAGAGGAGAUCAAACGCUGGUGGGAGGACAGACCAGCAUCAGCAGGUUUGUGAGAGAAAGAGAGAGAGAGUAGAGAUACAGUUCUUGUGAUGUUGCGUGGGGAUGAUGCAGAAUAUCAGCGCCGGUAUCACACUCUGGGCAGCUCCACACGCCGCCUCUCCAACCCGGACAUGGAGGCGUUCGCUAAGCUCCACAAGGGCGGUGACGUGGAGCACCAGAGAAACAAAUACCCACCGCAGCACGCUGCCACCCUUGUCAACACCAACUGUGCCCGACAGCAGCAACCACAUUACUGGAGUUUUAAGGCGAGGACUCCACGGAACGCUGCCGGCCUGCAGCAGCAGCAGCAAUCACUGGGUGAACAGGUCGGAGGGCGACUGUGCUAUGCGUCUGCGGAGAGUUUGGAGAGCAUGGCCGACGCUGAGGUUCCUCUGGGCUUCAGUCGCUCCAACAUCCUCAGACAAAGCCUGCCGCUAGCACGAUCACCCAGCCAGGCUAAACUAAGAGCUCCAGCUGUGUUGUUCCUGCAGUUUGGUGAUGAGACGCGUCGGGUGCACAUCACUCAUGAGUUGACCAGUAUGGAGACACUUCACGCCCUUAUUGUGCACAUGUUCCCACAAAAGCUGACGAUGGGUGCACUGCGCUCGCCCACCACAGCGCUGCUGAUGAAAGAUGAAGCACGCAACAUCUUUUAUGAAUUGGAGGAUCCUCGUGACAUCCACGACCGAUGCCUCAUCAAGAUCUACUGCAGAGAUACGCAUUAUAACCCCAUGCACCACGGGCAUAUUGCCAACGGGGACAUGCGGAGAGAGCUGGUGUACACCUCGAGGGAAUCGUCUCCCACGCGACGUUUAAACACAAUGCCGUCUUCCUCUUCUCCCUCUGGCUCUCCUUCUCGCUCACAAUCUCGUCUUUCUUACGCCGGCGGUCGUCCUUCCUCUUACUCGGGUCCCCAUCCUUCGCCCCAGAUGCAUCCUUAUCAGCACCCACACCAUGGCCACGCCCCUCAGCAGACCGGCCACCCCCACCCUGCAUACUGCCCCUCCCCCAGUGCCAUUCUGGAACGCCGUGAUGUAAAACCGGAUGAGGAAAUUAAUUCCUCAUCGAAGAGCGUGGUGCUCCUCAAAAACGAGGCGAUAUACGCUGACCCGUACGCUCUGGUGCAAGAUGCCCGGGCCUUGGCGUACCGCCGCGGCUCUGUGCGCUCCAUUGCCGGCUACCCUGCCGCUGCGUUACAGUGUGAGCUCGAGGGCGCCCUCUACAGAUCCGGAGGACCCAUAUAUGCAGAUCCGUAUGCCACUGUGGGUUUCCGCACCCUUCCCCCAGCCUCACCACAGAAACUGUCUGAUGGCAGGGAUCCUUAUGGGAGCCACCCAGGUCGAGGUUCACCUGGAAGACAUGGGUUUAGGAAAGAUGGCACAGUAUACAUAGAAAGCCCCAAAAACCGUCCAGGAGGGCCGGCGCUGGAGCAGAUAUGUAUGCUCGGGGCUCCUGGAACAGAUGGGGGGCCGGUUUACAGCUCAUCAUUACCUGCUAAUGAAGAAACCAGAGAGCGUAUGGAGGCCAUGGAGAAGCAGAUAGCGAGUCUGACUGGUCUGGUUCAGAGCGUCCUGACUCGUGGACCGGACAGCCCUGAAAAAGCUGAAACAGCGAGUGACUGCUCUGCUCCUGAAAUCUCGUCGCCGUCUGCGCCUCUGGCCCUGAUGCCACCCCCACCCACUGGAGUGUCUCAGCCAAUAGCGAUGUCCCGUUUACAGAUGCAGCUGCAUCUCACCGACCUCCAGCAACAUACGGCUGGACUGCGCAAACAUCUGACAGAAUUACGACAACUACAGUUGCAGAAUCAGGAUUCUGUUCAGGCUUUAUUAAGACAGACAGAGUCUGAUUUGGGAAUGUGUCUGAUCGAGGCGUCUCGGACACAAGAAGAUCCGUUACAACGCCAGCGCCUUCUUGUGGAAGAGGAGAGGCUUCGCUAUCUCAAUGAAGAAGAACUUAUUAUACAACAACUACAUGAUCUGGAGCGCUCGGUGGAAGAGAUGAAGACAGGGGCGGGGCUAAACCAUCACCUGAUUACAGAACAGGAAAUAGAACAGAAGAGUCUAGAACUCCGAAGACUCGGAGAGACAGUGACUGAACUCAGGAAUCAGUUCCCCACUUUGCAAAGUAAGAUGCGUGUGGUGCUGAGGGUGGAGGUGGAGGCCGUCAAGUUCCUCAAAGAGGAGCCGCUCAGAUUGGAGGCGUUGUUGAAACGUUGCAGGAACAUCACCAAUACGCUCGCUCUACUACGGAGGCAGGUGUCAGAAGGUGUAUGGAGAACCCCGGAUGACUUCAGCAGUUCUGUUUCGAGUAUGAGCGAGACUGACUUCAGCAGGAGCUCGGAUCUGGAUAUCCUCACCAGUCCUUCUCUAAAUCUGCCUGACACGUUAUCUGUCUCCACUGCACUCUCUGCUUCAUUGGGCAAUAAUCCCAGUCUGACCAGUGCUUCCAGUUUUGGGGUAACCACUAGUCUAUCUAAUGUGCUCGGCUCUACCAGUAGUCUCACAGGCAGUACCACACUGGGUAACUGGUUGGCAUCAACCGGAGCAACAGACUCCAUCAUGCCUGAACUAAACGGGACAUCUACAGGUUCAGUGAAGACCAGCGUGCUGGAAGAUCUGCCUCCACGCAGAGAAUCUGAUAAAGGCGUUUCCGUGGAGGUCCGACUGGCCGCAGAGCGAGACUGGGAAGAGAAGAGAGCCAGUUUAACUCAGUUCAGCGCUCAAGACAUCAACCGUCUGCUGGAGGAAACUCAAGCUGAAUUAAUGAAGGCCAUUCCAGAUCUGGACUUUGCCGCCAAGCAGAUCACCAAACCGGCCGUUCCCCCCAAACCCCAGCUGUCCUCUCUCCCAGCGCCAGGUUCAGCGUCUUCAACCCCAACCUUAACACCUGAACACCAACCCAAAACCCCACCCAAACCACCCAGCAAAGAUGGCAUCCCGCGCAGGGGAUCAGGAGAGUUGACCGUACCGCGGUAUCGAACAGAAAAGCUGUCCAAGUCUCCGCCCCCUCCUCCUCCCAGACGAAGUUUCCCAUCAGGCCUUGGGCUCACGACCAACAGCAGCGGAGAAGUUAUCACCAUAAACAAGAGCGUGAAGAAGUUAGAGAAGACUGAAAACAGAGAGGAUUCAAACAUACCGAUUAACUCUCAGACGCCACCGGUCAAACUGAGACGACCCUCGACCUCCGAUGGGCCCCGGCCCUCAUCCACACCCCCGGCCAUCGCAGCUUCUGGAGUAAAGGAGGAUGAAGAUGAUGAGGAGAAGAUAAUGGCCGAGCUGGAGCCUGUAGGAACUCCACCGGGCUCGGCUAAACUAAUGCAGUCGUCUGCUGCCUCUCGCCUGCGACACCUGCAGCAGAGCAGUCUGGAGCGCAAGAGCAGAAAACAACAGGAGGAGUUUCCUAAACUUCAACAGGGUCAGCAGCAGGUAUUUCACUUCUAACAGAACCUGCUAUCGUGUCUGACCGGCGUUCUCAUUGACUUCACCUCUCUUCCACGCUGUGUUGACUCCAGAGACUGUACUGUCUGUUUCAGAGAUUCACAUUAUUGUUUUCUGCACAGAUGUGAAGUGUUUUACAAUGUGCAGUGGGGUUCAUUAGACACAGAUCGCAUUACAUUCACAGAUUUCAAUUACAGAUUUUUCUCUUUCACUCCACGUACAUUUUUCUUCCAGGACAACAGCUCAAGCGUAUUAGUGCCAGUCUACCAUAUAAGGUAUUAGCCAAAGGAAAUAAAAACAUGACACUGGAUUCACAACAUAUCUUACUUCUGUUAAAUAAUGUAUCUCAGUGGAUUUAAAAAAAAAGAAUUUAUUUUAACCAUCAAAAAUGUUGUGACACUUAAGUGUUUUUGGUCAGAUUGUAGUCAGAAUGAAUGCAAGCUCACAAAUUCAUGCCUAGAUAUUAAUACCUAUUCAGCUAUUCAUUCACAUUAUCCAAUAGCCCAAUCAACCUAGUGACCUUAACAGAAAUGCAAAGAGUUGGAUCAAGUUGUUAUACUUUGAUAAUUUAUUUGAAAUAUCAAUUCCUUCUCGGUUAAAUCAUGAAUAUUAAAAUCGGACUUUUUCCAUGUUUACCAUUAACCUAGGAAAUGUGAACAAGAACAACCCAGUAACUUAGUUUUGGUAAACCAUUCUCUGCAAAAAAUAGGUUAUUAAAAUUUGGCUCCCCUUGUGAUGUCAGAAGGGGAUUUUAUAGUAAAACCACCCCUUAAUCUGCACUAUCCAACCAUAACAUUGCCAUUUAGUGCAGAGAUCAGCUCAUUUGCAUUUAAAAUGACAAACCACAAAACUGCAAAUUUUUGCUCACACCAAAAAUGUCCACUUCAAGUAUUAAAUAUGGUACAUUUUGACUUAUAGCUUAAUUUGCAUGGAGGGUCAGUUGGCAUUUCUAUGUUGUUCAUUGCAAAUAUUACUAGUUUCUGCUCGUGUUGUCUUUCGGGUUAGCCUUCAGAGACCAAUCAUUUCUUCACACUUUAUUUUUUGCUAGUCUGAGCCAUCAGAUUUUAAUAAAUAUUUAAGUAGUCAAAGCCCAUUUAUUCAAAAGGAACCCUUUUGUUUUUCUUUAUAUGUGUGACGGUAGUUACAGGUAAUGUGGCACACAUAACCCAAAAACUAAGAAUUUAAUGUUUCAAAGCUUUAGUACAUUCAGUCGGAUAAAAUGCGGACAAAUCUCAUGACAGCAGACAACUUUGGGCCAGAUCUGGCCUGGAGUAAUCUGCUGUCUUAAUAUAUACAUAUACAAUAGCUUGUAAUGUGAAGACCCACAUUUAAAACAUUCAAGUGUAUAUUUUUUUACCAUUAAAGUGCGUUGGGCAAAAUUGCAUUGUAUCAGCCAAUAGUUUGAGGUUGCGCGGGGCAAUGUGUUUCCCAGACUGAUGUGGUCUUUUAUUCUAGUAUGAAAACAGUUAUUUAGGACACUAUGCUGAUGAUAGUGGUUGAGAAAGAAGGCACUUUACCUUUUAAGAGGAAAAUGCGACUGAAAAAUGUAUACAAGCGAGUGAACAAGAAGCGAAAGGAAGAAAUGUGCUUUUUUUUAAUGCAGCGUUGCACGGUGUUGUCUUAUCAGUCAAGACAGCUUGCAAAUUCAGCGUUCCCCUAAAUGUAUCCCGAAAGAAAGAGAAGAGAAAGAUGGGACAUUUAGUUGGAAAGAGAGGCAGAAAGAUAAGGAAGAGAUAAGACUGAAAGGUUUUAUGCCUCUCUCUUCUUCAUCUGCUCUCUCUGCCUCCCGCAGGGUUAAGCUGAAGGCUAUUAGCUAACUGUACGCUUCAGAUUUAUCCAGCCUGCUGCAGUCUGUCUUAUUCCCCUGUUAUUUCACUUCAAGGGCAAAUUAAUGUCUCAAAAAUGAAAACAGUGAUUCUUUUAAUUCGCAGUGACACGAGUGCAAGAUAAGAGAUUUUACAGACAAACCAAUUUUAGGCACAGAUCAACUCAAACAUUUACUGAACUUUAAAUGUGCACUUAACUAUUAGGAGGAUCUUUUGACAUAUAACUAUAUUUUCAGUUUUCAGGAAUUUUCAGGAAUUCGCCAUUUUGCAGCCCCAUGUGUCCACAGUAGGCCAAAAUGACAAACUGCUUUAUACAGUGCGUUUCGUCACUACGUUGUUUUAGAUGACACCAUGUUUGUCCUGUUUGGGCUGCCGUAGCUUCUUUUUAUGCGUUUCGAAAGGGCGGGGUGCAACCAUUGGUUGCAGUUUUCAAUCUCACCACUAGAUACCACUAAAAUCUACACACAGCACCUUUAAUGUAUUUCUUUGCAUCUAUGAAAUAUUUUUUGAUUUAUUAAGAAUAUCUCCUGUUUCUCAUACAAUUAAAGAGAUCAGUGAUGAUGUUGGCCAGCCUGUUCAGCGAACAGUGACUACAGUUUCAGUUUGUUUCUUACAGAAAGCUUUUGCACGACUUUACUUGGCAUAUGCAUUACUUUAUAUUGUGUGUGUUUCAGCAGUAUUCUCUGUCGUGGCAGUAAAACCCAGUUGCACACUGUUGCAUUGUAUAGAUCAGACACUUAUAUCUCCUUUUGUGUAGGAAAGAAAUUACUUGGAAUGACGACUGCUGAGUAAAUGUUUGAUUUAUUUAAUGAAAAACUGAAGAAAGUAUACAGAAAGAGAGAGAUUUUGUAAGAAGCCUCAUCUGUCAAUCAAUUGUCUUGUAGUCUGUUGUCAGGGAUACCCAUCAUCACUCAGCCAGAGUCGUAUAAUAACAGAGUUACGAAACGCUUUGAUCUCGCCGCCGCGCGGUCACGUGAUUCAUGUAACGUUCUACAGUUCCAAACCAAGCAGGGCUGUCAAUCUGUUUGCAUAGGUUUUCAGCUAUUUUAGGUAAAUAUUAGCUUGUAAUGGGAAUUGAUCACUAUACUUACUGUGUUUAUAACGUUUUUUUUUACUAGGGAGUGAUGGAAAUACAGUAAAUCAGUUAAUAAAGAUAAACAGUUAUUUGUGACCCAAAUAUAACUGUGGUUAUCUAUACCAACUACAGCAACACAGUUAACUUUUAUUUUUGUACCAAAAUAUGGCUAUAUAAAUGGCUAUCAAUCUGCUAAAAACAUAAUUCCUACACUUUUACUAUAUUAAAAUCACAAAAAAGAUCGCCAACGCGGUUAUUUGUAACAGUGAAGCAUAACAGAAACACACUAAAUUCAUAUUUAAUUGUAUUUAUAGUACACAUUAAAUGUUGAUAUAAUUAUACAUGAUUUUCGAGGAUACAUCCCUCGUAUUACUUGCCAAACACAAUGAAACACAUAGCAGCAUUGUGAAGCGUGACUUUCUUUUAAGGCAUUUAGCUUGUCGCUGUUGCCCCCUAGUGUUACUCGUAAUAUAUAAAAAAGAUAAGUAUAAAGUAGAUGGCCACCAGUAAUAAAAUAUUAAACCAUUAAAUCUAUAUUAUUCACACAUUAUACACAACUCAUUAAAAUAUAAAAAUUUUACUAGUUAUUAUUAACGAUAAUCAUUACCUACAGCAGAGUUCAUAAAAUAUCACUGUUGACUAUAUUAAUGAAAUGUCCGAAAAUGUAAAGAGAAACGGUAAUUUCAUCGAUUUACCAGCAGGUGCCAUUGAAAUGAAUGGGCUUCAGUGCUGCGUUUGGAACUAUGCGUCACUACCGGUCACUACAUGAAACGCUGUUACUUCCGCAUUCCAUUCUUACAACGGACGUCUAUGUGAGUGUCGUAACUCUGUUAUUAUACGACUCUGCACUCAGCGUUUCUAAGGCACAGACUGAAAGAAUUUAAUGGACAAUCACCAUGGCAACCACAAGAGAUGGGCAGGCAGUUCCUGUAUAGCAACCACCCGAGUCUGUGAUACAAUUUACAAACCUCUGUUUGGGUAAAAUAUGGACAAAACCAACCAUUGGGAUUACUUUAACCAAUAUUGGGCUGUUUUAACACAUGGUUGGGCAAACAUGUAAAGUUUACUAUUCAGUCAUCUCACUCUGAAUUUUGUAUACUGCACAUUUUGCAAAGGGUAGUAUGUUAUGUGUCAACUAUCAAUACUGUUUCAAAAGAUGCCUUGUAUUAUAUUCCCGUAGAUAUGCCUCUGAUGAAUGCACUUAAUACACUUUAAAAAGUGUUAAACAGUUUGUAAAAAGUAUCAUUAACCCAAAAAUUAGAAGUUUUUUGUUAAUUGACUCACCUUCAGGUCAUCUGAGAUGUAGUUGAAAUAAUAUAAUGAUGAUAAUAUUAUGACGUGUAAAUGAUGCUCAGUUUCUGGUACAGACUGAUCGAUUGGCUUCAUAAGACCUUUAAAUAUCGUUAGGAGCUGUGGAUAAUUUUUUGUGUUUUUUGUUUUCGGAGACACCGCAGCACCCCAGGGUUAAUUAUAAAGUCAGUGCCAAACAGCCCCGGCUUUAUUCCCAGGCAAGGAUCUGACUAAUCUGGCACGCCGUAGAUUCAGACAGGCCGUCCUCUUCCAGAAAGGGGUCCGCUUGGGCUUAAUAGGAGGUCUGUGCCAUGAAUCUGUCCGUUCAGAGCGCCGCUCUGUUGGCUGUAAAGGUGCAACACAAAAGUCUGUAAAGAUUUCGUUUGAAGGGAUUAUUUAUUCCUGAAAGGUCAAAUAGUUUGAAUAGUGGGUGUCAUUUUCUGGCCUCGCUCUCUGGUUUGUUUGUAUCUUAAGGGUUUCGAAGGUUGCUGUAGAUGUUUAAUAAGGUGAACAAAAUCCUGCUUGUAGCUCUCGGCCCUAAACACGAUGUAGGAAAAAUGAUUCAGCCUGCUUUUCAAAGCACAGUUAGCAGUGUUCUUGAUGUUAGGACAGGGAUAGAUUCAAAUCUUUUAUUUGGCGAAUAAUUACUUUAUCUGAGGAAAAAUUAUCUUGACUGUGUAUCGAGUAAAAAGAUUCAUCAUGAAGGUGAAGAAAAUAAAUGCUGCUAAAGAUGUUGUAAAUGAAACCCUGUUACAUAACAGAUGUCACAUUGUGUCCUUAUCAAGUGCGAUAUGACAACAAAACAAACAAGGAGUACAAAAACAGCCAAUCAUUUAAUAUUCACCGUACUAUUUAUUCUUAAUCAAUAUGGUUUGACUGUGGGCGGGGCUAUACCGUGAUGAUGUGAAUUAGCAUAUGUUUCAACAGAAAAUGAAAACUGAGCUUUUUAAUAGUGUGCCUGUUCACAAGACUUUAUUUUAAAUCGAACACGAGUUCUGACUAUCGAUGUGAGGGUGUUUUCAUAGCACACUAAUAUAUCUUAUACUUGCAACGAAGUGUUAAUAGCAUGAUAAGUGUAUCAGUGUUUCAGUGUUAGAGUGUUGAUUGAUUAACCGUUAUGAAUCAAUAACCUCAACGUCCCUUUAUGUACUGCGACUACCACUGUAACUAAAAAUGAAGAAACACCGCCCCCUCAUGCUCAUUAGAGAUAUAACAACUUGAGAAAUACACAAGAUUAAAAUGAUCUCCUUUAAAUCUAUGCAUUAUUUUUUGUUACUACAUCAGAAAGAUUUUUAGAAAGUAUUCAUUUAAUCUUUGUUUUUCUCUCUUUUAUCCACUGACCUGUCCAAACUUGCUUGUAUCUGAUCCUCAGUCAACCCUUUCCUGAUCCUAUCAUAGAUCAAGGCUUUUAUGUGGAUAUAAAGUAUAUGGUUUAAGAUAAAUAUGCGUCCUAUACAGUGCAUUCAUACAAUAGGAGAAACAAAAGUAAGUAAAGAUAUUUAUAAGAUGUGUUCAACCGGUUUGAAUUUAUGAAUAGUAAGAAAUGAAUAGGUUUAUAAUUCAUAUAUUCAGGAUAUGAAUAAGAACAUUAUAUACUAUGCUAUAGUAUGCUCAAAAUGGUUUUGUCUGUGAUUAAAACCUAUUAAUUUCAACACAUUCUGUUUGUGUAAGACAUUGUACAUUUUUGUUUUAUUAUAGUAGAACCCUCCACUACUUUUUGCCUUUCUACCUCAGACUGUCCUAUAAAUCUCGUUUGUUGACUAUCAGCCUCUUCGGUACUGUCCUGAGUGUCCCUAUACGCCCCUUUUACCCUGAGAUCUGAUCCUAUCCAAGGUGCCCACCACGUGGCGACGAUGACCCUGGAAAUCCAGGAGAGCCACACUAAAUCACACAUGGAGGCAAAACCUCUCCGAGACUAAAGCACAAGGCAUCUCACAGUACUGAAGAGCUUUGACGGAGGUAUGAAUCUGACACUAAUUUCACAAUAAAGUCUCAUUAAAAGCUGCUUGGACGUUACGGAUCACAACCAACAGGGAACUACACUAACCUUUUCCACUGGUGGCACUUGCGCUACCAACUUUUUCAGUUACUGGCGCAAAAUAUGAUUUGGUCGCACAUAUUUUUUUCAAGUUAUAUUAAGGCGCUCUGGAUAAUAAUGAACAAUAAUGAAACUGUAUUGCAUACAGAUAUGCUUUUUAUUUUACUUGCCAUCUUUUAAACCACAUGUUGCCUUGUUUUCUUAAACGUUGCAGUGUUUCCCACAGAUCUGAAAUUUACUUGGUGGUGGUAGCCGGUGAAAAGGGCAAUUAUUACCCACUGACAAAUAAUGGUCUACUAUACAUGUGAUGUAGAACUAAUAAUGUGUGACACAACAAAAUACUUUGAUUCAUUGAAAAUUAAUAUUAAUUUCACAUUAUAUUUCAUCAAUCUAACCACCCCAAACUUUCUUUGCCAUUAACAAAGCUGACACUGUUUGUCAAAGCACCACGAAAAGACUUACUGUUUUUGCACUGAUAUAUGAAGCAAUUAGACCCCUUUUAUCAAACUCAAUAUAAUACAAAACUAUGUAUAGUAUAUUAAUAGACAGUGUAGGUCUAUAGAUUAUAAAUGUGACUGAUGUUAUAAUGGUUAUAAUUUCUAUUAGAAAGGCACUUUUACUGCUUCUGCUCUAUCUUUCUAUUUCUCUCUUGCCGAUUUAAAAAGCUUAAUCCACUCAUUAUUUCAGAUUUAAAAGUCUACUUGCUGUCCCGGUGACAGACUUUACAUUGCUUUGCUCGUUCAGUGCAAUUGGCUUGACAUUAGCAUUGCUUUUUGCUACAAUCUCUGUCCAAACUUAAUAUGGAUAUGGUUUUAGAAAAUAUAUGGUUAAUUAAUAAUAAGAUUAUUAAAAAAAUGUGAGAAAGAAAAUGCAGCGCGUGGUCGUAACAAGAACCAUCGCCAUAGAAACCGGUGUCAUGAGCAAUCCAGUCCCCCCGAGCAAUUCUGCCCCCCUAGGACCCCGCGUAAUUCCAUUGGCUGAAAAAACUCCUCAUGGGUAGCCUUUGUAGCGCCUUAUUACAAUUCCUUCAAAAUUUCGUGAUGAUUUAUAUCGUUAGAAUGUUGUUAAAAUUACAAUUGGUCUAUUUUAAAUUAUCCGUUUAAUAUAGUAGUAUAUAACUGAUGCUCUAGGUGGUGAGAUCUACCAAAUCUCGUUCUUAGAUUUUUUUUAAUUAGCUUAACGUGACGUACCAGCUUAGCAUACAGCUAUCGGGUAAAAUAGCUUAACACAAACACCAGUUGCACUCACCGUAAUAACGUAAUGUCAUUUUUUUUAAUCCUGAGGUUUAAAAAAAUAUGUUUCACGUUCAGAUAACUUAGUAAUCAAUAACAUAAAAUUGAAAUGUGUUUUUGUUGUGUAAGGCAAUUAAUUGGGUUUUUAGGCGAUUACGUGUGUCAUUACGUGCUGCUCACGUGUUUGCAACAUGAAUAUUAGUUCAUUAAUUAUAUUAUUUUUGUAAGCUUUUAUUUUAAAAAUAUUUUGUAUGCUUCUAUUUUGUAAAAAGUACCUAGCUUGCUACACCACUAACGCAGCUUCGAUUAGCCAUUAGCAUCAAGAUAUCGCGUUGACAAGUUUUUGACCAGGCAUUACUGCUAGGUACCAAUUGGGGUCCUAGGGGGGCAGAAUUGCUCGGGGGGACUGGAUUGCUCACGACACCGGAGGCACGCUGAAACUGCACUCGAGCUUUAGCGCGGUAGCGCUCAUGGACGUUUUCCGAUCGACUCGGGUUAUAAACACAACAUUAAUCAGACUUGGGACCCAAAGUAAUUAAACUAGGACCUAACCGGACCCGACAGACCAUUUAAAAUAUAAACCCGGAACCAUACGAGUCCAGCGUCCUCAGUGAAGAAAGACCUCUGCUCAAGUUCAGAAACAAGGAAGACACUGCGCUUGCGUCGCGCGUCCCACCCAAUUCAUUGAGAAACAGCUGAGCACGCAAACGCACACUGAUAAGGAGAGACACGACGUGCUUUCACGCAAAAUGAAGCCAACGUGUUGAUGGCUCAGAGCACGUUAUAAAACGUAUUCUUAAAAUCCACAUUUCUGUUUUAAUAAAUGCUCAUAGUAAAUCAUAGCAUAUUGUCUAAAACAUUAGGUAGCACAUUUGCGACCCAUUAAAAAUUAGGGUCGCAACGGCAGUUCAAAAGGUCGCAUAUGCGACCAUUUUGGUCGCAGUGUAGCUCCCUGACCAAUUUAUCUACUGUAAAGUAGCAAAUGUCAAACUACAGUACAACUUGCAUAGAAAUGUAAAACACUUAAAUGGUACAACAAUGCUAAAAAAAAUAAUAAAUGAGUUUUAGACACAAGCUUAAAGAAAUAUUUCACUUUCAUAAUUUACUUACCCCAUGUCAUCCAAGAUGUUUGUCUUUCAUUGUUCGUCGAGAAUACAGUUUAAAAUUUCGUCAUUUUUGCAAAAGAAAGUACUUUUUAACCACAACUUCUCGUCUUGCACUAGCCGUGUGACGUGCCUGCACGACCUUACAUAUUACGUGGUCACGUCAAAAAGUGACGCAUUACAUAUGUGAAACACACACUUGAGGACCAUUUUAAACAAUAAACGGACACAAAGACAUGAAUUCGUAUUAUUCCACAUACUACAAUGUCAGAACGCUCCUCUUUCUCCACACUUGUAAACACUAGAGCGCUAGUUUCGCAUACGUCACGCGUGAUCUUUCGAGGUGAUUACGUAAUGUCACGCUGGCGCAUCACAAGGCUAGUGCAAGGAGAGAAGUUGUGGUUAAAAAGUACUUAAAAUUGAUGAUUGUUUUGCUAGAUAAGACUUUUAUGCUUCGGUUGGGAUCGUUUAGAUCCUUUGAAGCUGCAUUGAAACGGUAAACGGUUGAGGUCCACUAAAGUUCUGAAAAAAAUUCUGGAAUGUUUUCCUCAAAAAACAUAAUUUCUUCUCGACCGAACAAAGAAAGACAUAAACAUCUUGGAUGACAUGGGGGUGAGUAAAUUAUCUGAAUUUUUUAUGAAAGUGGAAUAUUUCUUUAAGUUGAAAUAUAAUAGACUUUCUCUCUAUUGAAAUAGUGAAUAUCUCUAGCACAAAACUAAAAACACCCUUUUAAAAAUAAAGGUGCUACAUGAUGCCAUAGAAGAACCAUUUUUGUCUAAAUGCUCCCAAAAAGAAUUUUUUUUAAUUCAAAAUUUGUAGUAAAAAGAUAUCUUAGAUUACAAAAUUUAAAGGGACACUCCACUUCCAGCUCCCCUAGAGUUAAACAUUUAAUUUUUACUGCUUUGGAAUCCAUUCAGCCGAUCUCCAGGUCUGGCGCUACCACUUUUUGCAUAGCUUAGCACAAUCCAUUGAAUCUGAUUAGACCAUUAGCAUCAAGCUAAAAAAUAACCAAAAUGUUUGGAUAUUUUUCCUAUUUAUAACUUGACUCUUCUGUAGUUACAUUGUGUACUAAGACGCAAAAAUAAAAGUUGGGAUUUUCUAGGCAGAUAUGGCCAGAAUGAGAGUAUAGUUCCUAGCCAAAUCUGCCUAGAAAAUCCCAACUUUUAAUUUUCUGUCGUGGUCAAAAUUAUCAAUUUUUUUUUUUUUUUUUUUGCAAAAAUU